CAACCGGCAUGUAAUUAUCAUUACUACACUCGAAUAUAGUAAAAUAAUAAUAAUAAAAAAAUCGUCCCUAUAAUUCCAUUUCCCCUUUUAUUCCAGUUUCUGUCCGAUAGUUUCAUUCAAUGCGUUGUCGUUUCGUGUCUCUCUCCAAUUUCUGUUCCCCCUCUCCAGGAUAUUUAUUCAUAAUUACGACGGAGCUUUAAACAGGGAGUAUUAGAAUGACGCCACCCUCGGAAUCACCACCGUUCAAUCAUUGUGCCUGAAAUAGAGCUUUCUCCUCCGUUGCUGCCGGCGCCAAAUCAACCUCUUCUUUUUUGGAAAUUAAUUAAAGGAGACAUAGAGCCAGAGAUAAUAAUAAUAGAUAAAAUUUUGAACGAGAUGGACUGAGUCGACUCGCUCAUGAGUUCGUCGUCCUUUGGGGCUCGGAUCGGCGGCGAGUCGCUUCCUAAGUUUGGCCGGAGCGAACCAAAUUUCACACAAUAUUAGUAUUGAGUGGUGAAGGCGUCGUCAUGACGAGCAUACUUCCACGAACGAGCUUAUUCAGCCGUCGGACUUUCAGGCAGGGUGCGAUCUCGGCGGUUAGAUCUGUUAGGAUUAAGCUGUUGCUCUCUUGCUGUAUCGUCUUUGUUAUACUCGCUUUCUCCAGCCGCGCGCCGUCGUUUAUGGGAUGGAAGCAGAGCCAGACGCCGUAUGAUCUCCAUCACAGUUUUCCUUCAAGGGCAGGAUAUGCAAUGCUAAUUAACACGUGGAAGAGAAAUGAUCUCCUUAAAAAGUCCAUCUCCCAUUAUACCUCAUGCCCUAGGCUUAGUUCCAUACACAUCGUAUGGAGUGAGCCUGAUCCUCCAUCUGAUUCUCUAAUUAAGUAUCUAACCCAUGUCAUAAAGUCCAACUCUAAAAAUGGACGAGAAAUUGAAUUGAAAUUCGACAUUAACAAGGAAGACAGUUUGAACAAUAGAUUCAAGGAGAUCAAUGAUUUAAAGACAGAUGCUCUGUUUUCAAUUGAUGAUGAUGUUAUAUUCCCAUGCUCAACUGUAGAAUUGGCUUUUACCAUUUGGCAAAGUGCAUCUGACACAAUGGUGGGAUUUGUACCACGUAUGCAUUGGGUUAGUAAAUCGAAAGGCAAUGCUAAUGAAUACACUUAUGGUGGUUGGUGGUCUGUUUGGUGGAUGGGCACAUAUAGUAUGGUUCUCUCUAAAGCAGCCUUUUUCCACCAGAAGUAUCUUAGUCUAUAUACUCACCAAAUGCCAGCCUCAAUUCGAGAAUAUGUGUCUAAGAAUAGGAACUGUGAAGAUAUUGCAAUGUCUUUUUUGGUUGCAAAUGCUACCGGUAUUCCCCCAAUAUGGGUGAAAGGUGUGUUAUAGUUUCUUAUGAACUUUGUUCCGAUAAUCACCUCAUAAAUCAGCUGCAUAACCUUUCAUUGUUCCUUCUGAUAUUAACAUUCUAGUUGUAAACCUUAGAAAUAUUAAUGUUUAAGUAUGUUUGAAAGUGAAAACCUUGAAGUCUGAUCAAAUUCCUAGGCGUGAGGAUUUAAUCUGCUCAUGUGCUAAUGUUUUAGCUUUUGGAAUUGUAAUGUUUAAGUAUGUUUGAAAGUGAAAACCUUGAAGUCCCUAGGUGUGAGGAUUUUAAUCUGCUUCUAUGGGUGUUCUAAUGUUUUAGCUUUCGGAUUUUUCCUAUAAUUAACGCGAGUUUUAUACAAUGAUCAGUUUUGAAGUUACUGACAGAGUGAUAAUAACACAUGGUGCAAGAAACAAGGUUUAUGUAUGUUCAAGUCAGUACGUAGUGUUUGACUGUGAUUAGCCAUCCUGAUAUAUGAUAGUAAUAAUAUUCAUAAGGCCAUUGACUUUGUGAGAAAUUUGUUAAGAACUUAUGUAAUUGACUGGAGGAAAGUCUCUUGAUAGAUAUCUCUCGCUUGCUUCCUUGAACAUUGGAGGAAAGUAUACUUAAUUGAUUUGCACGCAUUCCUUGGUAUUGCAAUCUUUUUGGUGCACUACUUUUGGGGCAUCUAAUUUGUAUAUUUCCGAUUAAAGAUUCCUUUGUGACAUCCUUUUUGUUUUGUGCUAAACUAGGCAAGAUAUAUGAAAUUGGUUCUACUGGUAUCAGUAGCUUGGGAGGUCACAGUGACCGGAGGACUGAAUGUGUAAAUAGAUUUGUAGCGGAAUAUGGUCACAUGCCCUUGGUUUCGACUUCAGUGAAGGUUGUUGAUAGCAAAAGCAGUUGGUCUUGGUAAUUUAAUUGCGAGUUUACCAGUCGCAACAAUUUCCACUAAUGUAGUUUAUGUUCUUUACUUCCAAGGUUCUUCUGUAAACUUUUCUUCCUCCACUCCCCCUCCUUUCUUAAACUAUUAAACUAUUUCCACUGUUGUUUUCAAUCCAAUUUUGCAACACGAGUAUCACAUAUCCAUGUAAUCGAUUAGUGUGGAAGAGCUGUGGAGCAUCUCAUAUCCAUUUAUGGUAUAGCUACAUUCUUUUAGGGAUUAGGUUUACAUCUCAUUCUGAAAGAAGCAGAGGUUGUUUCUGUUCGACCUCAACAAAGCUUCUCUUGUAUUUUUGUGGAGGACAGCUUGUAUCGUAAACUCUUAAACUAUGAUUUCAAACAAAGCCAUCAAUGUUAGUUGCUUAUGAUGCCUAUGUUAUACGAGUAGGUAUGUGAUGAAAUUAUUGAAUUGGUUGAAAAUCAGAAGUGAAAUUAAUUCCCGUUGAACACUGUAAAACUGAGUAUAUGGAAGAAUUGAUAUGAUUGCCUGAAUACCAAGUAUCAUUCAUUAACUUGAUAUGAUGUGAAAUUUCCCAUCUACAAUGUCAGGGCCUUGCUACAUGCAGAUUAACUCAUGGAACAAGAUGAUACACAUUUAUUCAGGGAAAAGUUACUUAUCUACUACCUCUACACUAUAAAUCUAUUCCAUAGCUCCAGUUCAAUACAAGAAGUAAUUCCCCCGACGCCCGACCUACUCGGCUCAACUUCCUAGCACACAUCUCGGGGUUUUCUACUUUUAUACCCUCAGAUCUUCAGCCUCUCCACUAAAAAACAUCGGAAAAUGUUGGAUCAAGUGCAAAAAGCUGCACCGCGAAGGAAACUUCACAUGUUACUGAAAGCAACCAUUCUGCUACCCCAUGCCCUCUUCGGAGGUGAGGUUCAUGCAUAUAUCCUGGAAAUUUUAUUCUAUACUUUACAGAUUUGAAUUACUGAUGUUGAUGUCAGGAGUGUCUAGAGGAAAACACGUUUCCUCAGCACCCGAAUUCCACAAAAAACUGGCGUACUUAAAUGCAUAAUAAGAGCUCUCUGGCUCAAUCGAUAGGGCUUGCAGGUAAGUAUCUUCUGCUCUCCACAAAUCCUUUCUAACUGUCCACAAGAAGUCAGCAUACCGGAUGAGGGGUUCGGCAUCUCGUGGCUCCACCUGAAUCGCCCGCUUGUAACACUCUUCUGCCCUGUUAAAUCACACAAUAAGAGAAAAGGAAUUGCCUAAGUGUCACAAAGUGCAAAGCAAGGAGUCUGCUAGCAUAAUGUCUCAGCAGAAAAAAGAUAGUCUACAUUGUUGAGGUAAAAUACAGGGGCCUCUUUGGGCUAAAAAACUUCAUGUGAAUUAUGCCGCCUUUAGAACGUCCACAGUGUUCCAUUAUGUUGAAGGAAAUGACAAACAAAGCAGGAAACAGCUUAAUCGAUUAAUCUAAACAACCAUGAUGUUAUAAUCCCUUUGGUUUAUUUCAGCGACCAAGAUAAUGAAAUUCCACAAGCGUAAAGAUCAUUCAACAAGCUAAAGCAAGUUACAGUCUGAGAAUAUGAACUCAUAAGCUUCAUAGCCAUAGUUAUCAUCUUCAAUUCUCAUUAUAAAAGUUGAUAUCUGCACCAUCAUAUUUGUUUAUAGUUUUUUCAAAGAAAACAUUGAACUAGUAGUUUGAAAGCAACAGUAGACUAAGUGGCAAUCAGCGACAGAUAAUAUAAUCAUAGCAAAGACUUUCACAUGACGUUUAACCAUUCAGAUGUUAGGUAACUAACAAGCAUCUAAGAAAUGGAAACAAAUAAUGUCUAUCAACCAGAUUUUCUAAUGAAAUCACCUGUUGUAGUCAUGGGCAACCAAAUGCAGAAAUUGUGCAUAAUUGCUGAGCAGAAGCGGAUUAUCGGGUUCCUGAGACAAUCCCAUCUGGUACAUAAGAUCAGUCCUAAGAAACUCCAUGUAUUUUUUAUCAGGUUCUAGCUCCACAGAAAUCGGAGAAACAAAUCUUCGCAGCACAUCGUGAUCCAGAACCAGCUCAUCUGAUUCAGCUUGCAUUCUUUUCGCUUCAUCCAGAAAAGAAUUCCACAAAGAAACCUCAGCCGCAUUUCUGAACAUUGGAUUGCCAACCUGCAAAACCUCUUUAGGGUCUCCACCUGAAGACAUUCCUAAAUGACGUAAGUCGUCAAUUUCACUAUCUGCUUCACUGGCUUCUUCUGUGGAAGUUAAUUUCUCCAUUAACAAGUUAUCAAGAUGAGAAUGUUGAAGUGAUUCUAUCCCUUCUGCAGCUUCAUACAGAGAAGCCUGUGCAGCUGCGAAGUUAUGUGACGUUGAAUACACACUAAAGUUUGCCAAUAGAAUCAUCACAUGGACCAUCAACGCUGGUGUUCGAGAAAAGACUUGCUGAAACAACCAGGCGAAAGACAAAUGCAUGUCGCUCUGCACUCUAGAGAUGAUGAGCUUUAAAUCUUCAUCGCAAAGUGCUUCCCUCAUAUGCAAUGCACAGCUCUGAAGCUCAACUAUGAUGGAUACCAUGGAUGAAAAAGCCUUUGUCACUGAGGAACAAGCCAAAUCUCCCAUCCCUUUUAGACUUCCUUCUCUUUGGUGCCUUUUCUGAAUCAUCUUAAGUGAGAAAGGAAGAUCAAAUCUCUUGGCUUUUUGUUCCAAAUUUGCCCACAUAACUGACUUCCUCUCCGGCCAAUCGGGCGGCUCUGGCGUAAUCCCAAGCAUUUUAGGCUCCAAUAAGUCAACCUGGGAUUGCCACAAGGAAUUUCUAGAAAACAUGGGGACUCCAUCUUUCCUGGAAGAGGGUUUUGUUUCACUUGCAGCACAACCACCAGUGUUAAUUGAAUAACCAUGAGCAUAAUCUUCAUCACCUGAUAAACCCCAGCUUUGUGCUGAUCCCCCUUCAGCAUGAUACUGUGAAAAUCCUUCAUCCAUGCUUGCCCUGCUAACUGUCCUUAAUUUAUUGACUCUUGAAUAACAUUUAUCCAACAAAAUCAGUGACUUGAACAACUUUCUCGAUUCAAAGGGACUGCCAUACUUGGUUCCUUUUCUCUCUUUGAUUGAAGAAUAUGAAGCACAAAGGGAAUUACUGACCAGAGCGAACACUUGGUUUGGGCAAUCAACAUUUGAUGGAACAAUAUGGAGCCUCAUCAUGCAAUAAUAUUUGGAGAGAAGCUCAAAUUCUCCAGCAAAAAGGCUCACCAGGAACAGGGGUGCAAUUUACUGAAUAAGUAGCAAUAGUAUAAGGCAAUAUGCCGAGUAAUAGUCAAAGUUAGGAAACAAAAAUCCUGUGAAGAAAGUGCCUUUUUUUUGUCAAAUCUCCAAGAUAUUCAAGCCAGCAAAAGUCAUUGAAUCUCUAUCCGAAAUGGGAAGAAAUGCAGGGAAUGCGCGGUAGAGUCUAGAACUUUAACUGCACUGCUGACAUGGUUGGUCUGAACACGAUCCAACCUGUGACGAAAACAGAUGAAAAGGCAACACAAAAAUUAAAUGAAAUUAGUCUACAUUUUGUCAGAGAUGAAUACACGUGUAUGCUUCCCCUUUCUCUAAGAUUUCCCGUCUUCACCACCGACCGCGUGUAAGCCCAAAUGGUUGCUCCACCAAAAGGGAAAAAGAUCGACAAAUGAAUCAUUUUUUUAAAAAAGAAAACAACUGUACGUCUCUAAUCCUAGUAUUAAUUUCUUGAACAUUAAAUAAAGUUGCUCUUGAAUCAUAAAUAAUAAUAAUCAUGGCAUCUAAACUCGUAAUUUACGCGCCCCAUUGUCAACCGGACUUCAUGAUACCUCAAUUCAAUUAACAUGCAUGCGUAAAAACAUACCAAAAGGGGAGGGAAACAAAUAAAAAAAACAAAAGCCAAAGAUGAGAUUUUUUUACCAAUUUUCCAGAAAAGUCCCACCGAGUGGAUUCAAAUUGAGAGAAAUCCGAACAAAUAUAGAAAUCCCUUUUGCUCCACCACGUAUAACCCCAGAAGAAGAAACCAAUUGAGGAAUAAUUAUCAAUCAGAUUUCACGGCUGGAUAAGCCUAAUUGGAAAAGUAAGAUAAGUCAAUCUUCUGCAAGACAAUGACGCUUAUGGUGUGUAUAUCUGUGAGAUAUAAAUAGAAGAUGAUCAUGAGCAAACAAAAGGGGAGAUGAAAUUGGUUGCAAAAAAGGGGCAAAGAAAAUCCCAAAUCAAUAAAGAGAAUGGGGGAAAUCAAAUAUUUUGAAGUUCGUUAAGAAGUAAGAAAAAUGGGGGACUCUCACAGUAAGAGGGAAGUGAUGAAUGAAUAAUAAUAAUAGUGAAGGAUAAAAUUCCGGGAAAACAAAUUUCGAUGGAAAUGAGAAGGCGCGGUUGGUUGCACAGUUGCGAGUCUGUAGGCUUGUCC